AGGGGAAAGGUUUGGUAGAGGGGGGAGCAUGGAAAUACCUCUGCUGCCCCUCAGUCCUCCAAAGGUGAUUGAGCUCCGGUUCCUAGAGAGUUCCUUGGUGUCAGCAGUGGAAUGCAAGCACCUGGAGACUAACCGGUGAGGACCACAGACCACUCCUUCUCGAACCACAGUGCAUCACAUCUAAGUGCAAAAGGGCCUCUGAUGCCCAAAUCUGACAUCAUCUUCUGGCUUGAAGAACAAGAAAAACUAUUGUGGCAUACCUGGAGGCCAUCCGAUGAAGCUGAAUGUUAGAAGAUUCAAGACAGAAGAAUGAAACUACACACAACAUAAUUAUGGAAUUUCGUCCCUCAAGAGGCAGUGACGGCCACCAACUUGGAAGGUUUUAAAAGAAGAUUAAGGCUGUAGUCCAGUACAUGUCUAUUCAGAAGUAAGCUCCGUUGGGUUCCUCCCAGUGAAUGGGCAGGAGAAGGAGAAUUAUUGAGAGCCAUCUGCACCGUCAUUGGGAACAAGCAAGUAGAACAUGGUGAAAUGAAUGUUUGGAAAUCAAAGGGAUUUAAAAGGCACAAGGGAAAUCAGCCUACGUUUGAGAGGAAGAAAUCUUCUACUCCUUAGGGUGAUGACAUCCACGAAAGCUUGAUCCAGCAGGAAGACCGGAAAGAAAACAGAAGGGAAAAGUGUUCAGUGUGAGGGGGAAAUAUUCAAAUAUAAAUUCAAUAGAUGCUGCAUAACUCACAUGGGAGGAAAACCAUGUAAGUGAAUUGAGUGUAGGAGGAGCUUAAGUCACAGUCAGAGCCUAACUGAGCAUAAAGGAAUCCACACGGCAUGAAUUAAUCUGCAUGAAUUAAAUGCAUGAAGUGUGCAAAGAACUUCAAUCAUAGCAUAAGCUGUAUUUCACAUCAGAGAAUCCAGAGAGGCGUGAAACUGUUUUAAUGUGUUGAGUAGGAAAAGACCUUUGGUGACAGCAGGAAACUUAUUUUGCCUCAAAAAACCCAUGCAGGGAAGAAGCCAUGCAAACUUAUGGAAUGUGUAAAGAGCUUCAGUCAUAGCUAGCUUUAUGACUAAUAACCAGUACAGGGGUCUAGCCAUUUAAAUGUGUGCAGUGUGGAAAGUGUUUCACUCAUAGCUAUAGCUUUACUGCAUAUCAAGGAACACACACAAGGAUGAAGGCAUAUAAAUGUAUGGAGUGUGGAAAGCGCUUUAGUCAGAGUAGUGCCCUUACUUUACAUCAAAGAAUUCAUACAGGGGUAAAACCGCAUAAAUGUGUAGAGUGUGGAAGGAGCUUCCGUUCUAGUGCACACCUUAAUAUACAUCAAAGAACCCACACAGGAGUGAAGCCAUAUGAAUGUGUGGAGUGUGGAAAGAGUUUCACUCGCAAGUAUGUCCUUACUAUACAUCAAACAAUCCACACAGGGAUGAAGGCAUAUAAAUGUAUGGAGUGUGGAAAGAGCUUUAGUCAGAGUAGUGCCCUUACUUUACAUCAAAGAAUUCAUACAGGGGUAAAACCGCAUAAAUGUGUAGAGUGUGGAAGGAGCUUCCGUUCUAGUGCACACCUUAAUAUACAUCAAAGAACCCACACAGGAGUGAAGCCAUAUGAAUGUGUACAUUGUGGAAAGAGCUUCAGUCAAAGUGGAACCCUUAGCGUACAUCAAAGAAUCCAUACAGGGGCGAAACCACAUAAAUGUGUUGAGUGUGGAAAGAGCUUCCGUUCGAGUAGCUGUCUUUCUUCACAUCAAAGAACCCACACAGGGGUGAAGCCAUAUGAAUGUGUGGAGUGUGGAAAGGGUUUCUCUCAAAGAGAUAGUCUUACUACACAUCAAAGAACCCACACAGGGGUGAAACCAUUUAAAUGUGUGGAGUGUGGAAAGACCUUCAGUAACAGAACAAACUUUCAUACACAUAAAAAACUCCACACAGGAGUGAAGCCAUAUGAAUGUGUGGAGUGUGGAACAAGCUUCACCCGUAGACAUCACCUUACUUCACAUCAAAGAACGCACACAGGGGUGAAACCAUUUAAAUGUGUGGAGUGUGGCAACAGUUUCAGUCAGAGAUACAGCCUUACUGUACAUCAAAGAAUCCACACAGGGGUGAAGCCAUAUGAAUGUGUGGAGUGUGGAAAGAACUUUAGUGACAGGAGUAGCCUUACUUCACAUCAAAGAACCCAUACAGGGGAGAAACCAUUUAAAUGUGUGGAAUGUGGAAAGUGUUUCAGUCAGAAGGGAAACCUUACUUUACAUCAAAAAACCCACACAGGGUUGAAACCAUUUAAAUGUGUCCAGUGUGGAAAAACCUUCGGUCAAACAAGUCAUCUUGCUUCACAUCAAAAAACCCACACAGGGUUGAAGCCAUAUGAAUGUGUAGAGUGUGGAAAGAACUUUAGUGACAGGAGUAGCCUUACUAAACAUCAAAGAACCCACACAGGGGUGAAACCAUUUAAAUGUGUCGAGUGUGGAAAAACCUUCAGUCAAACAGGGGAUCUUGCUAGACAUCAAAAAACCCACACAGGGGUGAGACCAUAUGAAUGUUUGGAGUGUGGAAAGAGUUUUGCUCGUAGACAUCACCUUACUGAACAUGAAAUAACCCACACAGGGAUGAAGGCAUAUAAAUGUAUUGAGUGUGGAAAGAGCUUUAGUCAUAGUAGUGGCCUUACUUCACAUCAAAGCAUCCAUACAGGGGUGAAACCACAUAAAUGUGUGGAAUGUGGAAAGAGUUUCCGUACUAGUGGACAACUUAAUAUACAUCAAAGAACCCACACAGGAAUAAAGCCAUAUGAAUGUGUUGAGUGUGGAAAGACCUUCAGUCAAAGAGCAAACCUUGCUAGACAUCAAAAAUCCCACGCGGGGUGAAAUCAUAUGAAUGUGUGGUGUGUGGAAAGAGUUUCAGUCAUAGCAAUUGCCUUACUACACAUCAAAGAACCUACAUGGGGAUGAAGGCAUAGAAAUUAAUGGAGUGCAGAAAGAGCUUUAGUCAGAGUAGUAGCUUUACCUUACUUCAAAGAAUCCAUACUGGCGAGAAACCAUAUAAAUGCAUGGUUUGUGGGCAGAGCUUCAGGAAUAGUGGAAAGCUUACGUGAUAUCAAAGAACCCACACGCAGGAGAAACUGCUUAAAUGAAUGUGUGGCACAGCCAUUUUCAUACAUUGCGUAUGUUGUAACAUUAAUUAUCCUAACACAUACCUCUGAAUUAAAGAGAUAAAAAGCCCUUACUUCUAUGACAAAUAACAGGUGGCAGAAAUGACCUAACUAGGCCAAGUGAAGUCCAGCUCUGAUUUCAAAGAGGUGUGACCAAAAGCAGGAAGGAAUCUCUCUGCAUCAAGGUUUGCACGGAGACACAGACUCCCCUUCCAGAUUUGUAUUGCAUUCCUUGAGAGCGCAGAGGCACUUUGGAGCUCAGAUCUCCACCUUGUGUCCCAAACCGUAAACAAUGGGAUUUUCUGCCAGGCUUAAGGGAAAUCUGCCCUUGGGGAGCUGCCAAAAUAAUUAUUUUGUGGGUUGUUGCAAUUUAUAACCUGUGUCCAUAUCUUUACCAUAAUCAGGAAGGCACAAUGGGUUGGGAAUAUGAGGUGGGAGAGUAGCUCAGGGUGUUUUUGUGGUGGCCCAAUCUCUGGCCUGGUCCUGAAACUCCAGCUAGACAUCUCUUGACGACCUUUUUAUGUAGACAGGCCUAGGUAACUAUAUAAUUUUUAGAAUAGCUACUCAUUUUUAUUAUCAUUUUGUAAUGUUUUUAUAUUUUGUAGUGUAUUAUAUUUUGUUAUAUAUAUUGGUGUACUCCAUGUUAUACUGUAUGAAUGAAUGAUGUAUUGUAUGAACGGUCCCGCUUGCAGAAGAACAUUCAGGAGCUUACUCUAAGGUUCCCAAUCAUUUCUUUUCAUCUGUGAGUUUACAUAGGUGUCCUUAGGGGAGAACAGCCUCAUUGGCCAAAUGAUGACUCUUGUUGGGCCGAAUGUGGCCCACGUGCUGUUGUUUUACUAUGCCUCCUGUACUAGGAUAGCUGGGAAUGUAGUAUGCAUCAACCAGAGGGCUGAUAGAAUUUAGGGAGAAUUUAGCAAUGGAAGCUGUAAUUAAUUGUAAUUGUGUAACCAGGGGUCAUCAACAUUUUUGGCCCAAUGGGCACGUUUAAUUCUGAGAAAGUGCUGGGGUGCCAAUCACAAAAAUGGCUGCUGUUGAGGGAUGGCAUUGCAUAAAAUGGCUGUCAUUUCUCAGAGGGCUGGGGAUCAAGGAAAGGUAGGCCAUAAAAAUCUGUAGGCAUAUCCCACCAUCAGUGGGAAGACGGCACCUCUCCUGUACUUAGAAUGGGUGGGAGGGUGCAUGUCCAAUCCUGGCAUCCAGUGAAAUGUGGACAUGCCUGAGGAGUCUUGCUCAGUGUAGGAAAAGGUGAGCCAGUACAAACAGGGAGCUGGAAGAGCAGACAGUCUCGCAUAUAUUGUGGAUCUUUGAGGGGCUAUAUAUUCAGAUCUUUCACAGGUGCCAUAUGAGGUGCUGUUGGGCGCACUGGCACCACGGGCACCACAUUGGCAACCCCUGUAAUAGGCAUUUUACCUGAUGUUUUAACACUGUGUUUCCCACAUUAUUUUGCCAUGUAAGUCUACUAUUGCCUGCAUACUCUGUUUCCAUAUAUUUUACCUUCCCCAAGAUUCAUCUAUAUAUCAUGUGCUUUUGAUUUUGCUUUUUCUUUGCAGAUGAGGUUUUAAUCUUUAAUAAAAUGAAAUUCAUGAUCUUCGACUGAAAUAGUU